AUGUCGGCUGCACCGUACGAAUGCAAAUGGGGCAUCCUCGCCACGGGUGGGAUUGCGCAGACGUUCUGCAAGGACUUGCUCAUCGAUCCUUCGACGCGUUCUGUGUCAGAUGUCAGGCAUACGAUCGUUGCGGCUGCGUCGUCGACGUCUGCGUCGCGCGCCGCCGAGUUUCUUGACAAUGUGGGCGUUGCUCGCAACACGGCUCGCGCCUAUGGCUCGUAUACCGAACUUGUCUCGGAUCCAAAUGUGUCGAUCAUCUACAUCGCCACUCCGCACACUUACCAUUACGAGAACGCGCUGCUCGCUCUGCAUGCUGGCAAGCACGUCUGUUGCGAGAAACCGUUCACCAUCAAUGCUGCACAGACCGAGCAUCUGAUCAAAGUGGCUCGUGCCAAAAACGUGUUUUUGAUGGAGGCCGUAUGGUUGCGCUUCUUCCCGAUCGUGCUCGAGAUCCAACGGCUAAUUCAUAAGGAGCGCAUCCUCGGCGAUGUGAGAAGGGUGUAUAGCGAUUUCGGUCUGCAGUUCAAACCGGAUCCGAAGCACCGACUGUUCAAUCCGGAAUUGGGUGGUGGAGCACUGCUCGAUCUGGGCAUCUAUGCGUUGACCUGGCAGAUGCUGACCCUGUACCAAGAUCCGCGAAACCACCUUUGUGCACCAGAGGUCAAAGGCUCGAUCAUCAAAUCAGCGCUGACAGGUGUCGAUGAAUUCACUACGAUCCUUCUGAAUUUUCCUACGGCUCGUACACAGGGCAUUGCAACCACCAACAUGUCGAUCCGCUCCUCGGACAAAUACGUCGUCCUCAUUCAAGGAACCCUCGCGGACCUCUCGGUCGCAUGGCCUCCGUACAGACCCGAAAGCUUCACCAUCCAUCAAAAGGAUGCCGACGGAGCAUACACUGGCAUCCAAGAAACAAAACACUUCGCCAUCCCAGGCCACGGAAUGUUCUGGGAAGCAGACGCAUGCGCACGUGCCAUCAGAGACGCCAAGCUGCAAGAACCCACAUGUUCCUGGGCCGAAUCCACUCUCACCAUGCAGAUCAUGGACCAGGUCAGGUACGACAACCACUUUCGAUAUCCAGACCACUUGGAAGCUACCCAAGACAAUUAG